AUGUCGCACGGUAGAUCUCUGGCGCUCAGUCAGAAUUCCUUUGUCAAGCCGCCCGACCUUGGGGACGAGCCGGAGGAUGACCGACAAGAUGAGGCGGAGGUGACCAAACAGCGACGAUUGGCAACGGUCUACGAUGCCGUAGCAGGCCGGAUUAACGCGCAUGGGUUUCUGCCCGCCGUGCCGUAUGCCUCCAAGAACCGCGACACAGCCUCGUCGAGCAGGCGUUCGGUGCGCCCUGAAGAGGUGCUUUUCCGUCGGCAGAAUGCGCCCAUUCGCUACGAGGAAAACGACUUCUAUUUCGCCCAUGAAUCCCUCCCAGCCGACCGUCAGCUUCCCUCGUCGGAGUUGCUAGAAGCCGUACAUGCCUAUUCGGCCGAUUUCUACGAUCACGCGACCAUCGACCGCGGCCAGGACGACCAUCAUAGUAUGGACGAGACCGCUUUAAUCGCGAUGGGGAUCCUGUUGGAGGAGAUGGCCAAAGAAUCGCUGGGUGAGACGGGCGACCUGGUGCUCGUCGAAGGCGAGGAAAUUUCUACCGACGAGGAUCGGCUGCCUUCGCAAUCGGGCCGGCGCGUCGGUCGCAAACGGGCGAAUACACAGACUAGUAUGAUGGCCAGCUCGGGUGACGAGAUAAAACCGGUGGCCAAGCGACAGAAGAAGCGCAAGUUGGCUCGGAAGGCUUGGACGAGUGAUAUGGACACAGAGCUUGAUGACCUACUAUGA